UGGUGAACAAAGCUUCUCUGGAAGGACUGAGAACACACCUCUGCUUCUAAGAGAUUUUCUCCUUCGCAAAUGCCAUGGGGAACAGCUGGCUCCUUUUGCUCUUUGCAUUUCAUCUGAGAGGCAUCUGCUCCUCCUUUGUCAACGUCAACCGUGGGCUGAAAGUGAUGAAGGGUCAGUCUGUCUUCCUGUUGCAAGAGGACUUGCGUUUCUCCAUUCCCAGGGAGAAGGAUGCUUGCAAAUUGGAGGUGGUGAUGAAUGAGCCCAUGACACAAAGGGUUGGAAAGCUCUCCCCGCAGGUGUUUGAUUGCCAUUUUCUUCCCAAUGAAGUCAAGUACACUCACAAUGGAUCUCCGAUUCUUGAUGAAGACUUAGUCCUGCUGAGGUUAUACAGAUUUACAGAAACAGAAACUUUCACAGAAAUAGUCACCCUUCUUGUCAAGUUACUUGAACCAGAUUGUAAUAUUAUCAAGAUGAGCUCCAGUGCUCUGGAGGUCCCCGAGUUUCAUGGCCUGUCCAAUGUAAUUAACAAGAAUGUAAUUACUUUGGACUAUAAGAGGAAGAUUAACUUGGAGUGCACUAUAAGCCUGAUCUCCCUAGAAACUUUUCUACCAGCUCAUGGCCAACUUGUUACUGGAGAAACCAAAGAAGAAGAACCUCGUGGAGAUCAACCUCAUAGAUUUUUCCACUCAUCCAACCACAGGGCAGGUGAAAGGUGCCUGACCGGGACCUGUAUUUCAGGCCUGAAGAUCAUUCAGAACAUCAGAGUGAACUGUGAGGAUUUUCUUCUGAUGGGCCUUAGAUACCAGCAUUUGGAUCCUCCUUCACCCAGUGUCGAUUAUAUUCCGAUCAGACUGGAUCUGACUGAUCGCAGAAGCAACACAGUGUACAAGUCUGAGCAUGCUUGGCUCCCUGUUCGGAUCAGAGGUGCAAUUUCUAACCAGGCGCCACAAGCUGCCUUCAUGGCCACCUUCAUCCUGGAAGCAGACCAGUUCAUUUUGAGCCCCUUGUCGACAGCCAUACUGGAUGCUAAGGACAGCGAAACAGCCCAAUCCCUGCUGGUCUUCAACAUCACCAAGGCACCCCAGGAAGGCUACAUCACCCACCUGCAAGACCACACAAAGCGCAUUUCCUCUUUCACGUGGAACAGCCUCAACGAUAUGCUCAUUGCCUAUCAGCCUCCAAAUAGCAGCUACCCAGAGAGGAGGAAUUAUGAGGUGGAGUUUCAAGUUCAUGAUUUAUACUUUGAAAAGAGUUCGCCUAUCACUCUUUAUAUCUCUGUUAGAACAACAAACACCAAUGCUCCUCGGGUUUCAUGGAACACAGGUCUUGAUCUCUUGGAAGGACAGUCUCGUUCUAUAACAUGGGAACAUUUUCAGAUUGUAGACAAUGAUGAUAUCAGUGGUGUUCGCCUAGUCACUGUUGAUGGCCUACAGCAUGGACAGCUCACUCUGAGGGGGGGCAAAGGGUUCGUGCUCACAGUUGCGGACCUUAAGUCUGGCCUCGUUCGGUACCAUCAUGAUGACAGUGAUUCCACAAAGGACUACAUUGUCUUCAGGAUCUUUGAUAACCACCACAGCACCCGCCACAGGUUUCCAAUCAACAUCCUGCCUAAAGAUGACAGUCCACCAUUCCUUAGCAGGAACAUUGAACUACAGGUGCACGAAGGACAAGCAAUUCAGAUCCAAGGCUCAGUGCUCCAAGCUUCUGACAUGGAUUCUAGUGAUGACUACAUACUCUUUAAUAUCACCAAACCUUCUCAGGCAGGAGAAAUCAUGAAGAAACCGGGACCGGACCUUAUUGGUUAUCCAGUCACUCAAUUUCUUCAGAAAGAUCUGUUUAAUGGAAUAAUCUACUAUCGUCACUUCGGAGGAGAAAUAUUUGAAGAUUCAAUUGAACUAGUUCUGUGUGAUAGUCAUGACCCUCCCAAUCUUUCAGAAACUCAGGUAGUAAGAGUACACAUAAUUCCUGUGGAUGAUCAGCUUCCCAAAGAAGCUCCAGGAGUGAGCCGCCAUCUGGCUGUCAAGGAAACUGAGAUUGUCCAUCUCACCAAGAAACACCUGAAUUACAUAGACAUGGAAGCACAGGAAAGGGAGCUCAUCUAUACCAUAACUUCUCCCCCAUUCUUCUCAUCUGUGCAUCACCACACAGAUGCUGGAAAACUGUUUAUGGUAGACAGCAUUCCGAAACUGAUCAAGGAUCCAGCCACACCAUCGCUGAGGUCAUUCACUCAGCAUGCCAUUAACCACAUGAAAGUGGCCUACAUGCCACCUUUGCAAGAUAUUGGUCCUGAGCCUCAGUAUGUCCAGUUCACAUUUUCAGUCAGCAAUCAACAUGGCGCAACAUUAUACGGCAUCUGCUUCAACAUUACCAUUCUUCCAGUAGACAACCAAGUUCCAGAGGUGUUUAUAAACAACUUGAAAGUGGAAGAAGGUGGGUCCUGCACCAUUACAGAGGAGCACAUUUUGAUUUCAGAUGUGGACACCAAACGAGAAAAUAUUUGUAUCCAGCUGCUAAGGCCACCUCUCCAUGGGACUGUUGAGCUGGAUGGAAGCUGCGUGAAGCAAGGGGAUCAGCUCACUUAUGAAGACUUACACAUGUCCAAAGUCAGGUAUCAUCACAAUGGCUCAGAGAUUCCACAGGAUCAUAUCCUGCUGGCAGCUACAGAUGGUGUCAAUUCUUUUGAGUUUAUCCUACACGUUAAGGUGAUGCCUGUAAAUGAUGAGCCUCCUGUGAUGAAUACUGAUCUCAUUCCCUUCCUGCAAUGCCCAGAGGGUCAGGCAGUGCCCAUCUCUUCAGAGCACCUUUGUGCUACUGAUGCAGACAGUGAAGACAUGCAGCUGAUCUUCAUGCUUGCGCAGCAUCCCAAGCAUGGGGUUGUAAAGAAAGCUGGAAUCGUGGUAGAUCGUUUUCUCCAAGCAGAUGUUUUUUCUGGAGCAGUGACAUACGAACACACAAGUGGAGAGAUUGGCUUGACUCCUUUAUUUGAUGUCCUCACCUUUAUUGUCUUGGAUGAUGAACUUGGCCCAGAUGGAAAUGCCUGUUGUUUUGAUGGAUCUCCUUUUCCUCCUGUGCCUCUUCAUAAAUCCUUUCCAGUGUUUGACAUUAAUAUCACAAUUUUUCCAGUGGAUAACCAACCACCAGCCAUUGCCACUGGUGCCAUGUUUGUUGUGGACGAAGGCUCCUCAGCUGCCAUUACAGUUAACCAUCUGUAUGCUACUGAUCCAGACACCGAAGCGGACAACUUAGAGUUUAUUUUAGCUUCUCCUCCCCAGUUUGGGUACAUAGAAAAUAUAUUGCCUUCUCCUGGCUUUGAGAAAAGCAACAUGGGAAUAAGUAUAGCCUCAUUUCAGUUAAAAAAUGUGAAGGCCCUGCACAUAAACUACGUCCAGAGCAGGCACAAGAGGACUGAACCAACCACAGACCAAUUUAUGCUGUAUGCCACUGAUGGGAAACGUCGUUCAAUGGAGACACCAUUUUAUAUCUUAAUCAACCCAGCAAAUGAUGAAGUCCCAGAAUUCAUAGCAAGGAAUAUUACAGUGCAAGAGGGCCAGAUGAAAGAACUGGAUCCAUCUGUAAUCAACGCUGUUGAUCUGGAUGUACCACAAGAUAUGUUGAUAUUUACUGUUGUGCAACAACCCCGACAUGGACUCCUUGUUAAUGGGAUGUAUGGCAAUAAUAUUGUCCGCUACAAACAAGCAAUGAAUGGCCACCAGCAUCAUGAACUUCCUGUGCAUGAAUUCUCCAUGGAGCUUUUGAAAAAUGGAAUGAGGCUGAUGUAUAUGCAUGAUGACUCCGACAGCCUAGCUGAUGGUUUUUCAAUCCUGCUAUCAGAUGGGAAACAUAAAGUGUCGAAAACCAUUUCAGUAGAGGUCAUUCCAGUUAAUGAUGAGAAACCAGUGCUGAGCAAGAAGGGUAAGAUAGAGGUGACUAUGGGGGAAGCCAAAAUUAUUUCUAGUGCUGUUCUGUCAGCUGAAGAUAAAGACACCCCUAGGGAACAAAUUUAUUAUUUAUUUCAGAGAAUCCCAGAAAAUGGACAUCUCCAGCUCAAGGUCAACCACGACUGGGUGACACUUCAUAAUGGGAUGAAGUGUACCCAGGACCACAUAGAUAUGAACUCUCUGAGAUAUUUACACACUGGAUCGCUUGGCUCGACGGGACAAGACAGUUUUGUGUUUCAUUUGUGGGAUGGGAACAAUAGAUCUCCAGAUGUGAUUUUCCCUAUUACAAUUAAGGAUAUGGAAAAGGGAAACAUUGCUGUUUUUAUGAAGCCCCUCACUGUGUUGAAUGGUGACCGAGGCCUCUUGACAACUGACAUCCUUCUUGCAAUUGAUGGCACUGAAAAACCUGAGGAGCUCCUCUAUGUGAUAACUUCCCCACCUCAGUAUGGACAGAUUGAGUAUGUCAGCUAUCCUGGAGCUGCCAUUACAAGUUUCAGCCAAAUGGAUGUGGCAAGCCAGGUGGUUUGCUAUGUCCACCAUAGCAAGGCAACUUCUCCCAAAGAUAAGUUCAGAUUCAUCAUCAGCAACGGGUUAAGAACUAAACAAGGAGAGUGUGAGAUCGUCUUGGAGACAGUAGAUGCAGCUCUACCCACAGUAGUCAAGAACAAGGGCUUAACAUUAUUUGAAGGUGGCAUGGCACUCAUUACUCCAGAUGUGCUGCAGCUUUCAGACCUGGACACGGCUCCACAAAACCUUUCCUUUGUCCUCGCACAGCUGCCACUGUAUGGCCAACUUCUCAACAGCAAGUCUGGGCGAUGGCAGCAACGCUUCAGCCAACAUGAUGUGGACACUGGAAACGUUGCCUAUCGACAUGGAGGAGGAGAUGCUCAGAUGGACAGAUUUACAUUUGUGGUCACAGAUGGAGUGAACCAAGGCUUCAUCGUGAAUGGCAAGGUUGAAGUAGAGCCUGCGGCGUUCAUCAUUCAGGUGAACAAGCGAGCAAAAUCAGCCCCAGAAAUCAUUCACUUUCGUUGUGCUUCAGAUGUGGAGCUUCUGAAAAAUGGCAACUAUGGUAUUUACAUUACUGUACGAUCACUGAAGGCAUCAGAUUGUGAUACAGUUGAUGAUCAGAUUAUUUUUAAAAUUUUACGAGGCCCUCAGUAUGGUUACUUGCAAAAUACAACAACAGGUGGAUUUAUUCAGGAAGAAUUCAGCCAGAAGGAUCUAAAUAGCAAAAUAAUACUCUAUGUCAUUGACCCCUACUUGGAGGGGACUUCAGACAACCUGGAGAUCCAAGUUACUGAUCCUGAAGGAAACUCUGCUACGCCUCAAAAAUUGGAAUUGAAAUGGUCUAAAAUUGAAAUACAACAAGACAGUUAUGAAGUGUGUGAAAAUGUGGGGACACUGUCUUUGCAAAUCACUCGACUGGGGCACACCAUGGAUUCUGCUUUUGUUGCAGUGAAGGUCACUGAAGUGACCGCUUCACCGGGAAAAGAUUUUACUGUGUCCCCCUCCAAACUUGUUCAGUUUGAUCCAGGAAUGUCAACCAAGAUGUGGAAUAUAGCAAUUACCUAUGACGGAUUAGACGAAGACGACGAGGUCUUUGAAGUGGUUCUGAUCUCCCCUGUGAAUGCCGUUCUUGGCACCAGGACAAAAGCUGUAGUGAAAAUUUUGGACUCAAAAGGAGGUCAGUGCAGCUCAUUUCAUUCCUCAAGCCAAAACAGUCACAACUUAUGGAUGAAAGGAACAUUGCUUCCAGGCUCCUCUUCAUCUUCCAGGCAUGGCACUGUUCGCUUGGAAAGUAUCCCAGUGCCUGCUUCCAAAGAAAUGGUAGUGCGGAGAAGGGACAAGCUACCAGAAUCCAACUUGAUGGAUCUUGAAAGGAGCAGGCUAAGGACCACUGGAAAUGGCCAAACAGUCCAUCCUUCUUCCAAGUUUAGAAAUGGGACCGGUGUGUUUUUUAAAUACCAUGGGAUGGCCAUGCUAAGAGUGGAUGAGGACAAGCCGCUGCCUAGCAAAAAGAAAGUGGCAAUCAUCGCAGUCCUCAGUCAGAGAGAACCAGAGAAAAAUGCGGCUCCUUCCAAGAAUAUGGAUGCCCUGCAAGCAGAUUCCAGCAUUCUGGUUCAGAGCCUUUCUUUUCCACAUAAAUGCUCACCAGAUUUGAAGGGCCUCUUGCAUUUUGAAGGACACACCCAACAGAUGUUCCAGUGUGAUGGUAUUUCUUGGACCUUAUGGAAUCACACAAAUAAGGAUGCUAAUAUGAAAACCUGUCCUCCUGGCUGGAGCCAUUAUAAUGGAAGCUGCUAUGUCCUGAUCACUGAUCCAAAAGCCAGAUGGACUGCAGCUGCCCAGGCUUGCAGGAAGUGGUACCAGGGCAGUCUAGUCAGUGUGGCUUCCAAAUCACACAUGCAGUGGCUGUGGAACCUCAGUGGAAGGAGGCCUUUUUGGAUUGGCUUGAAUGACCAGAGAAAUCCCGGCCAAUUAGAAUGGGAGGAUGGAGAAUAUGUUGCUUUCACAAACUGGAGGAAAGAACCACCUCAUUUUUCAAAGAAAGGAAGGAACUGUAUUUUAGUACAGCAAAAGGGUAAAUGGCAACGAAAGGACUGCAGGAAGGGCAAAGGACACAACUAUAUAUGUUCUAGGAAACCAUGA